UUCUUAUUUAAAAACUUAAAGGCAAUAGAUUUUCACAAAUUUGUCUGUUGAAAAGUUUUUCUUCUAGGUUUAGCCGCUUGCGUGCAUAAGAUGGAGGAAGGGUGGGUUGGUGUUUUGAAUGUUCGUCAACAACAUGUUUGUCAACUACGUACUUUGUUUCAUUUGGAGCAGAUCAGCGUUUGGACCAAUCUUACUAUGCUUAGUCAUAUUAUGAGAAUCAAAAACAAAAUCGAUGACGAUGAAGGUUUGUCUUUCUGUUUCAAUAGCUUAUCUGAUGCUACGGAUGUUGUCAAUCUUAUAGUGGACAUACUUCCUUCCAAGGUUCGGUUGAAUAUGAAUAUGAUUCCUCCUGAAGAAAGAUGCAUUUUUUCUGUUGAAAUCGUCCCAAUUUGUUGCGGGGAUUUGAUUAUUCUGCCUAGUCAUAUUGCUGCUUCUUUCGGUCCAAAUAUUGGUCCUAUUGUCAUUUGUACUAGGGUUGCCAAAAUAUUUACUUUGCUUGAUCCAUUUACCUUGACCCACUGUUUCUUAAAGGCUGGUCAAUACUGGGAUGCACCCUUCACGCCUUCAUUCUCUAGGCCUCAGUUAGUGGAAUAUGUUGUUCUCGGUAUUAACCUCAAGGAGGAAUUAGAGGAGUUGGUGGAGGAGAAUAAAGAGAAGAAGAAGCUGAUUAUUGAGUUGUAUGCUGCUGAUGCUGUUGCUGCUGCUGCUGCUGUUGUUGCUGCUGAAGCUGCUGCUGCCAAAAAAUAUCGUUUAGCUGAUGCCAUGGUUGCUCGUGUGAAAGAUAUUGGAAAUAAUAAUCACACAACUUUUCAAAUCAAGACUCAUCUUGGUCGUAUUUUAAAACCCGGUGACCAUGCUCUUGGUUAUGACCUGUCUUCUGGAGGAGUAGAUACAAACCUUCCUGCUGCCAUUUUGAUCACCAAAAUUAGUUAUGCCGAAGAGGAGAAUGGUAGAGUUGUUGCUGUUCAGGAUAAGUGGGAAUCUGAUUAUCAACUCUUCUUAAAAGAUCUACAACAAGACACUAAACUCCUCUUCGACCGAAGAGCAAUCUACCGAAAUCGAACCAACUGCCAUCCAUUUGACACAACCAUCAAAUCCCCCUUUAGAAGACCUUUUUAUCCAUUGGAGGAUUUGCUUGAUGGAUGAUCCACUUACAAGCUUAAACAAACAUCACUUCUAUUGAUGUUUUGUUACUUCCAAUAACCAAAACAAGGAAGAUGCUUUUCAUUUAUUAGCUUUUUUCUAUUUAUUCCGAUAACAAGAACAACUAGUUCUUUUCACUUACUCUGUUGCAAUUUGCAAUUUCUGUUUGAUAUUUAUGUUUAUUAGAACAAGUUAUGUGUGCUUCCCAAACCAUGCAUGUCAUUAAUUAUAUUCGGCAUAUAAAGUACCUUUCACCAUUUCACCUCA